GCGAUUGUUGCGGAUCGGAUCGGAUACGUUUUGCUGAUGAGCGAUCGACGACAUGCAGCGUCAAGCGAGGACGUUUGGGGAUGUGUCAAGGGGCAAGUGGAGAUUUUUACGCACGGUGGAAGUGACGGUGCUGGAGGCGCGGUAAUCCUCGAGAUAAAUUGCCGACAACGAAAAUUUUUGCGCUUCGCUGCUGAUCACCGCAAAAAGAGCUAAAACCCCGGAUCCAAGCAGCGAGCUGCUCAAGCCCAACACAGUGGUUAUGGCUGACCUGUACCUUGAUGUGCGUGGCAGAAGCUGUAUGGAGAUUCCGAUCAAGGAAAUCGAUGCUCGACGCAUCAAUGUGCCACCAAGUCCCGUGCUUCAAUACUGUGGUAUGAUUGUUGUUGAUCCCGACUGCGAGCGAACGUUUGUGUUGAAUGAAUCGUCAGAGUCCUUUUUUAAGUUCAAAUUUGCGCUUGCAUCGCUGUGGCCAACCGGCACGGAGCACAUCCACAAACAGCUUCAGGCCACGGGCGAGAAGGAGACUCGCAUGUGGACCAAGCAGGAGCUGAAAGCUGUUCGCAAUUGGUACAUAAGCAGACUCAAGAUCAUUCCGACUUUUCCUAUUCCAGAUGAUGACUUCUUGGGUGAGACCAAGGGUAUCCUGCAGCGGGCUGCCCUGGAGGAAAUUGAGCGACGCAAGAGUGGAGAACGGCCCCCCGAAUAUGACGGGUCGCCCGUCUGGUGUGUGCCAAACGGUCGACCUGACUACAUGCCUUGCGAUGCCCAUGUCCACGAGCAGCCUGUGGCGGCAGCCUUUCGCAAGCUGCGACAAGAGGCUAUGAAGGAUGGCUUCGAAGAUCGCGUUUCAAUGAUGGCGAGUCCGAUCGAGCAGGAGUUUACCUUUGUCACAACAACACCCGAUGGCGGGAAGUCCCUGUCCAAGUUUUUCGUUCUCCGCCUCAAAGACGCGAAGGACAUGAAGGGUUUUGCUCCCAAGGGCUGGCAGUUUAGGCAAGGUGAAUGGGUGAGCCCCGAGAGUAUCGCUACAGGCCUCAUGCCCAUGGGCAAAGACGAGGAGACGAAGACAGAGACAGAGACGAAGACAGAGACAAAGUCGAAGACAGAGACAGAGUCGAAGACAGAGACAAGAGUCGAAUUGAUCGACACAAAGACAGAGGAGGCAGAGGCAGUGAACAGAAGGCAGAGGCAGAGACGAAGACAGAGCCAGAGAACAGAAGGCAGAGCCAGAGCCAGAGCCAGAGAACAGAGGUAUAGUGGCAGCGAACAGAGAGAGAGAGAGAGAGAGAGAGAGAGAGAGAGAGAGAGAGCCAAAAAGAGAGAGCGAGAGAGACAGAGACAGAGCGAGAGAGAGAGAGAGAGAGAGAGUCACAGAGAGAGAGAACAAACAAAAACCACAGCAGUUACAUGUAUCGAAAAAGCCUUGCGCAUACACCCUCCUCCUGGUUGCAAACCUUACACCAACAUGGCCGAGGCUACUUUGUUCAAGAUUCGCGAGCCGGAUCCACAAGAGCAGGAUGCAGUCUACAAGGAGCAGCGCGCCAAGGGCAAGAGCGAAGUGUACAGUCGCGCCUUUGCCGCCAAAAUCCACGAAGGCGAGGUCUUUGCUCGUUACUUUGCCGAGCUGCGAGAACGCCGCCAUUUAGCCAAUGACUCAUCCAGCUCCAAGUCGCUCAACACGGACAAGUCCGUUCGCAAG